AUGAUGAAUUCAAUCCUUGGUGAUUUCCUCGACAAGUUUGCCCUGGUUUACCUGACGACAUCCUUAUCUUCAGCCGUACCAAAGAAGACCAUCUCAAGCAUGUUCGGUGAGUUCAACAAGACUGAAUUGGAGUUUGUCGGCUUCCAAGUGAGUGCUCAAGGUAUCCUGGCUAUCCAAGUCCAAGGUCAAGGCGAUCUAAGAGUGGCCCAUUCCCACCAAUGUUCAAGAGGUGCGGCAGUUUAUCGGUUUGGCGUCUCAUUAUAG